AUGAAUAUACCAAGGUCCAGAGACAGACCUCAGCAUCUUCCUCAUCAAGGUCCAGAAAGAGACCUCAGUAUCUUCCUCACCGAGGUCCAGAAGCAGACCUCAGCAUCUUCCUCACCGAGAUCCAGAGGCAGACCUCAACAUCUUCCUCACCAAGGUCCAGAGGCAGACCUCAACAUCUUCCUCACCAAGGUCCAGAGGCAGACCUCGGCAUCUUCCUCACCAAGGUCCAGAGGCAGACCUCGGCAUCUUCCUCACCAAGGUCUAGAGGCAGACCUCGGCAUCUUCCUCACCAAGGUCCAGAGGCAGACCUCAGAUGGGAUUAGGUCAGACAGAGAGCUUCUGUGUCAGAAGUAGUGGAGGCAGGGAGCGGUAAGAUUUCAAAGUGUACUAAAACAGUUUUACGAUUUACAAUAAGGGCUGACAGGGAACUCCUGACAGCUCACUUGUUGGUUAUUGUGGUUGAAGCUUUUCUUUAACUCAUAAUAAAUUAAUAUACAGCAGUAUUUUUGGAGUCGAAAGGUAAAGCACUACAGAUUUUAGUAGGGAAUGGAAGAAACAGUGGACUUAUGGAGCAAAUCAUUUAAAAUAAUAUAAGACAGGAUAACCAACUGCAGCCCAAUCAAAAAAAGGCACCCAACUUGUGUGGGUGUUAUUGGAGUCUUAUUGUAUUUGUUACAAAAGUGUCCCUGAAAACUUUUAGCUUUACCAAUGAUUAUAUGUAUCUUCAUCUCCAAUGCCCAAGGCUUAACCUCUAUACUCGCUGGUGAAAUCUUUUCCGCUAUGAGUCGUGCAAGAACUGAAUUAGAGGGUCUAUGAUCUAGGGUUUGGCAUCUCCAAUCAACAAAUGUUUUGAAACAGGAAGCCAAUAUCUCUAUAACUAUAAAGCAUGCUGUUGUGUUAUGGUGCUUGCACAUUGCUUGCACAUGUCAUCAAGUCAGGGGAGAGGUUUGCGAUGUCUAUUCUGUUCAUGCAAUAACACUUAUUUUAAUGUGUUACUGAAAUUACUGAAAAAAAAUUUCAAGACCUCUCAGGUGUUGCGUUUGCUUAGAUUUCAAUGAAUUUGUUAAAGUGUUGCUAGCUUCCUUUGGCAAGAUUGUGAUUAAUAGGAUUAUUUCAGCAAUCUGAUUAUGGCAUAAUUGGCAUUUAAAGGGACACUGUAGGCAACCAGACCACUUCAUUUAAUUAAAGUGGUAUGGGUGCAGUGUCCCUUUUAAACCUAGUGCUGCAAUGUUAAACAUUGCAGUUCCAGAGAAACUGCAAUGUUUACAUAGCAGCACUAAGUCUACCCACAGUGGCUGUCUACCAAACAGCCACUAAAGGGCUUCCUUAAUCGAAACAGACCUUUGGUCCAGUAUCUGACGGUGGACGUCAUUGAUUCAAUGCUUUCCUAUAGGGAGGUCUAAUGCGUGUGAGGCAUUUGCGCACACGCGCAUUAGUGCCCACUCGUCAUAGCACGUCGGAGGGGGCAGAGUGUCGCCCCAGUGCUGAGGGACAACGAUGCUGAGAUCAGGUAAGUAAAUAAAGGGUUUUUAACCUUUUAUUUACUGGGGGGGAGGCACAAGGGAGCGGGGAGACGGGGGGGAGUGAGUGUCAGGAAAGCAGCUUUGUAUUCCUGGCAUUAUAGUAUACCUUUAAAAGCUCUGGAAAAAGCCCUAUUAAUAGCACACCGGCAUCUAUACACGUAGUGAUAAAUAUUAAAUAUGCAACUGGAAUUUUCCAAUACAAAUAAAAAUUUUCCCUGAUACAAAAACAAAGCAGGCCGUGCAACAAAAUCAUAGGGAUCACUGCAAAAAUUGAAUAACCUACCAAGAGACUUUAAAUCUUCCACAAUUCUGCAGUCUUUCAAAUUGUCUCCCUUCUUGUAUAUCUCCAAUCAAGCCAAGCCUGUAACAACUGCUAAUGGUUGUCUAUGUUUUGUGGAUUGUAAAUGUGCAUCCUUGUAAAAUUGUGUUUUCUCAUUCCAGGAUAUAAUUUACAGUACGAGAAAUCUCAAUACAUUGUUGCUGGUAAAACACUUUCCAAACUGAGGAUAUUGACAGUGAUCUAACUGCUAUAUAUUGAGAUUAAAAAUAUAGAAUCAAUCUACAUAAUACUUCCUUUUUUCUAGUGCCUCGCAAUGGUCACUGCUGGAAAUAAACUUCCUCUUUACCUUAUCUGAUGGUAUUUUAAAGUUAUUUGUGAAUCAGAUACUAUUUGUUUCAUAUGGAAACAUAAAAUAUGGAACAGACAAUGUUAAUUUAUAGUGGCUUAUAUUUAUACUAAUUUAAAGUUCUUCCAUACCAGGAGCUUUUGAUUGCACUAAAGGUUUAACUGUGUUGUGUUUUAGAGUCGCUGGGCAACAGAGUGACACAAGUGACUCGAAUGCCUGUGGGGAUCUGGGAGCGCUUGUUUCUGCCUUCACAUUUGCACAGCAUGUGUAUUUGGCAGAUCUUGGACCUCACUUUGAGACUUUAAUAAAUGUUGCUAGGAAGUAAAAUGCAAGGUUCUAUACAGAACUACAACAAGCUUGCACGGUUAUUCCAGGGGAAUGGCUUGAAAUCUAAACUGAACCCAAAGUGAACUUUACAUUUUUGUCAUGGUUAUGCUACCCUAACAUGCAGAGCUUCGGUCAAAGUGUAAGAAAAUAGAACAGAAUGUAAUACCGGAUCUUUGAGUAGUCGGGCUUAAAGUGUCAGGUCACCCCUCCCAAUAGGAUUUAAAAAAAAACCAAUUUUUUAAUGCAUUUAAAAGGAUUGGAAUAGCCCUUUAAAUUACUUGUCCAAUAGUGCUGAGAGAGUAUUUACUCUGAAUGAGCAUCAUGGACACUUAGCCCAUGGGCAUCUGAAUCACCAUUGCUGUACUGCUUUUUAUAUUUUUAUAUUCUAGGGCAGUGAUGGCGAACCUAUGGCACGCGUGCCACAGGUGGCACGCCGGGCCCUUUCUGUGGGCACUCGGCCAUUGAUUCGCCAUCAAUGCAGAGUAGGCACCUGCCUGCCCAAAACGGCAGGCACCUACUCUGCUUCUGUGUCGGGAGGCAGGGGGAGGAAUCUGUGAAGCAGCUCCUCUGUCCUCCCGCAAGCAAUCUGUGUGGAGCGUUGCCGCGCGUUACCAUGGCAACGCUCCACACAGCAUCGCGCGGGAGGAAAGGGGAGCUGCUUCACAGAUCCCUCCCGCUGCCUCCCGACAUGGAAGCAGUGCUUGCCACCACCGGACCACCAGGGAUGGCUGUGUGCCCCCCCUCCUUCAUUUAAGGUAAGAAGGAGGGAGGGGGGGAUACUGAUUUAGCAUACUUUUUUUUUUAAACACCCUUACCCCAGCCCCACACACACAGCACCCCUACCCCCACAGUACCCCUACCCCCCACACAGAGUACCCUACCCCCACACAGUACACCUUACCCCACACACCCCCUACCCCCCACACAGAGUACCCCUACCCUGCCACACAGCACCCCUGUAAGCUUAAUUUUAUCUGUUUAUAUCAUUAUUUAAAAUUUGUAUCAUUGAACUCUCCGUUGUUGUGUUCUUUUAAAACAAAAGUUGUUAAUUAGUUCGGACAACAGUACGAGUUGUUUUUCUAAACUUAAACCUCAGUAUUGAGGUUUAAUUGCCGUGUUGGCACUUUAAGGAAAAAAAAGUUGGCAUGUAUUGUGGUUUGGGCACUCGGGCUCAAAAAGGUUCGCCAUCACUGUUCUAGGGACUGAUUUUACUUAGAUGUCAGUAAACUGCAUUUCUCAUGAUGCUCAGCCUGUUUGGACCUGUCCCUGCUGGCAUCUGAGAAGUAAGUCUGACCCUAGAAAAAAACAGCACAAACUAUUUAAACUAAAUGAAAUUGUAUCCCAUAUAAGGAUUCUCCAUGCUUAAAGGAACACUAUAGAGCUAGGAUUACAAACGUAAACACUACAGUGCUCUUCUACUUAGAACUAAAGAAAAAAUGAUGACAGCUGCUUCUGAUUUGCUGCGCCCCAUACAGAUUCUGUCAAUUGAUGCCCUCAGCCUAGUCAUCUGUCAAGUGCUGAUACAUGUACAUUGUUCUGUAUCUCUAAAGAUACUAGUCUGUUCACACUACUUAAAGCAAAACAGUAAAACUUUAAACUUUAAGGCUGGGUUUGAAAACCUUUUUUUCCCGCAUGAGGGGAGGAUGCCAUGUCUGUAAAUUGAUGGAGGGCUGCCAUUAUCCAUAUCGUAAAAAAAAAAAAGAUAAUAAUAGCAGAUGGCUCCCUAAUUUGCUAUACUUAUGCGGUAUUGCAAUAUUUAAAGGAUACCAAACUGGGGAACAAGCUACUAAACAGCCCUUGACUUAAUUUUGAUCUUUAAGCAGGUUGGUGGAUAGCCAUCUAAUUUGGUAUCCUCACGUGGAAUUGCCAUAUUUAAAUGGCUACUCUAACCCUUCUUACAUAUUUUUUUUAAAGAAAAAUACCCUAUUGGGCAUUAUUUUUCAGGUUCCCCCCCCAAAAAAAAACACUGACAAAAGUCAAGAAAUAAGUUUAUCACACCUGAAAUCCAGAGUCAAGCGAAGCUCCUGGGACUUCUCAGCACACCGCCUCUUGUCGUCACUGGAGCCACGGUGAGACCCAAUCAAAGGAUUCUCAUAGGGAAGCCUAUGAUUGAACCGUUUAGCCAGCUAAGUAUUCAUGUGUGCACUCUGAGCCAGCAAGGGCAGGGGGGAGGGAGUGGGGAGAGUAACAAGGUGGGAGGAAAGGUGGGACCUUUAACCCCUUAAGGACACAUGACAUGUGUGACAUUUCAUGAUUCCCUUUUAUUUCAGAAGUUUGGUCCUUAAGGGGUUAAAAAAAGUUACUACAGGGUAUAGGAAGGUGGGGAGGGCUGCAUUGAAGGAAGGAGGGGAGACACAAGAUUCCCCUUGUAGGUUCUGCCAAAGUCCCGUGUGCCAGGGCUAUAACUAGCCCCGCGCACACAAGUGCAAAUAAUACUACACAUCCCGAUUCCUUCUUCCAUGGCCAAAAAGCAGAAGUGGUCAUAGAUGUUGGAGUAACAAUUUAAGGAUUCCAAAUUAGAGACCUAAAUUGUUAAACACUCUCAUGCAAACAUACACAUUGGAGUGGAUCCUCUCCCUGGGUUACAAUGGUUGCAGAUGGGUACUCUUCCUGCACUGCUCCCAUGUGCACCUUGUAGUGAUACAAAUGCCAGGGUGAAGUUAUAUUUGGGGCUUCUGGCAUGCCCUAGGGCAGUGAGUUAGCUGUUCAGGAACAGAACAAUAAGUACCUAGCUCCCUCAUUGUCUGAGACUAUAAUACUCUCAGAAAUCUUAUAACUUAAGUAAGUUUUAGUUUAUUGAAAUAAACGUCUUUUUCAUUUAACCAUGUGCGUACACAAAUUAACAGUGACUCAUGCAGACACAUAAUCACUCACAUGCACUCAAAGACCCAUCCACCCAAGCACAUUCACACUCAAUGUGACCCAUACAUACAGACACUGAACUAUGCAGACACAUAGGCACACACACUCAGUGACCAAGAUAGACUAACCAGUAGCUUGAUAAAGACCCGGUUGGGUCAAAACAUUGCUGUUUUUGCUUCUACCCUGAGUGCCUGGACCAUUAUUUAUUCUAAGACAGACUGGCAGACACACUGACCAAUUAACACAAUAGCUUAGUGAAUGCCCACGCACACAAACAUUCAAUGAUCUAUAUACACAGACUAACCUAAGGAGAUAUACACUCACACUCACACAUAUACACAGUGGCCCCUGCAGACACAAUCAGUGGCCCAUACACACUGACGAAUGCAGACAAACACUCACACACACCCAGUAACCCAUACAGACACACACUCAAACUCAGAGGUAUAACUAGAAAUUACUGGGCACUGGUUCAAAUAUUGCCUUAUGGCCCUACCCCAUGUGUCUCAUCCCUCACCCCUGCUUCUCCAUGUGUCUCAUUCCACCCCCCUUCAUGUGUCUCAUUCCUCCCUACCCGCUCCAUGUGACUCAUUCCUCCUUAGCGCCUCCAUGUGUCUCAUUUCCCCCCAGCCGCUCCAUGUGUAUCAUUUCCCCCCCCAGCUCCUCCAUGUGUCUCAUUUCCCCCCGAGCCACUCCAUGUGUCUCAUUCCCACCCCUCCAUGUGUGUCAUUCUCUUGCCCCAGCCUUUCCUUGUGUGUCAUUCUCUCCACCCAGUCCCUCUAUGUGUGUCAUUCUCUACCCCCUCCCUUGUGCAUCUGCUCACCUGGCCCGACCAUGGUACCAGGACUGAUAGGAAUUGCUCUCUAAGUAAGCACUUCCUGUCAGACCGCUCGACCACUCUACACACAACGGUAGGAGGGGUGCAGCAUAACCUGGCAACUGCGGGACCACUGGAGUGACGGGCCCGGUCGCUGCUGUGACCCCUGCGACCGUGAAAGGUACGUCACCAGUGCCGGAUUAUCAUAGGGGCUGAUGGAGCUGCAGCUCCAGGCCCAGACUCAUGGAAUAGGCCCAUUUAAAAAAAAUAAAAAAAUUUACUUUUUGAUUUUUUACACACUACUCUUGGGUUUGCCACCUGACUGGUAUUUUACCAGCACAGUCGGUAUUUGGGGCUGCCUGGCCGUGUGUCACGGUUGCCGGCCCGCUGCGUGGCGAGGUUGUGCCCGACCGGCACAGCCUCGCCGACAGCACGAGCUUACCUGGUAUCCUGAUCUUGGCUUUUCCCUGGUUAUUCUGAAUUCUGGUUCCCCUGACUUGGCUUGUGUAAACGGUAUUGUGUAUUUUCUGGCUUCCUUGACCUCAGCUUUCCCUUUGACCAUUCUCUGUCUCUAGCGUAUUAGUCCGGCCAUUCUAAGGUCCGGUUUACGCUCUGUCCUUUUUAUUUUCCUUUUCUUGUCUAUGUAUAUGUUUACAUAGUUUCUGCGUGCUGGACCACACUAGUAGUCGUGACACCAUGCUGGUAUUGCAGUAAUACCGGCAAUACAAAUGCAGAUAUUUUUCUCAGUAUAAAUGGAGAUAACUCUGCAAUACCAGCACCAGCCAGUAGGGGUCACUGUGUGUGGAGAGAGGCAGGGAUAGGAAGUUACAUCAUAUCCCUCCCUGCCUCUCUCUACUCACUGAUCUGUGGGGGAGCAGCUACACAGCACAGAGAGUUCAGACAGCAGCUCCCAGUCUGCAGACAGACAACAGCUCAGGGAAGUGAAGGAUGGGGGGGAAGGCAGCAGGGAAACAUGGGGACACUGAGACACUAGGGGACCCUGAGACACUUGGGGACACAGACACUAGGGGACAUUGAGAGACACUAGGGACACAGUGUCUCCAUGUCUCCCUGUGUCCCCAUGUCUCCCAGCCAGUGUCUCAGUGUCCCCACGGCUCCCAGUGUCCUCUAGUCUCCCAGUGUCUGUGUCCCCAUAUCUCUCAGUGUCCCUAGAGUCUCAUUGUCCCCAUGUGUCCCAGUGUUCCCAAAUAUCUGUCUCCCAGUGUCCACAUGUCUCCCAGCCAGUGUCCCAAUGUCUCCCAGUGUCCCUAUAUCUCCCAGCCAGUGUCCCUAGUGUCUCAGUGUCCCCGUGUCUCCCAGUGUCCCAAAAUGUUUCAGUGUCCCCAUGUCUCCCAGUGUCCUCAUGUCUCCCAGCCAAUGUCCCUAGUGUCUUAGUGUCUCCACGGCACCCAGUGUCUUCUAGUCUCCCAGUGUAUGUGUCCCCAUGUCUCUCAGUGUCCCCAAAUAUCUUUCUCCCAGUGUCCCUAGUGUCUCAGUGUCCCCAAAUAUCUUUCUCCCAGUGUCCCUAGUGUCUCAGUGUCCCCAUGUCUCCGAGUGCCCCCAAUCUUUUCAGUGUCCCCAUGUCUCCCAGUGUCCCCAUGUCUCCCAGUGUCCCCAUGUCUCCCAGUGUCCCCAUGUCUGGGUUCACAAGUGCCUCCAUGUCUCACAGUGUCCCCAUGCCUCCCAGCCAGUGUCCCUAGUGUCUCAGUGUCCCUAGUGUCUUAGUGUCCACAUGUCUCCCAGUGUCCCCUAAUCUCCCAGUGUCUGUGUCCCCAUGUCGCCCAGUGUCUGUGUCCCCAUGUCUCCCAGUGUCUCCAUGUCUCCCAAUGUCCCCAUGUCUGUAUCCACAAGUGCCCCCAUGUCUCCCAGUGUCCCCUGGUGUCUCAGUGUCCCCAUUUCUCACUGUGUCCACAUGUCUCUCAGUGUCCCCUAGUAUCCUAGUGACAAGGGAAACACUGAGACAUGGGGUCACGGGGAGAAAUGAGGACACUGAGACACUGGAAGACUAGGGGACUGGGCGUCCAAUUCUUUGGACAGACAUGCCCCCUUUUUGGGCAUGUUCGCCCCUUUUGGCAGUUCUGAUCACGUGAUUAGCGUCAGUGGCCCACCCUUUUAUCCCGCCCAUUGACUUCCUGCUUCACUGGACACUGCUGUUAGGGGGUAUCGAUUUACUUGAAAGAUGAAAGCAUAAAUUAGAGAGAGAUUAGCAUAGAGUAUGUGUAUUCUUAUAGCUGCACCCUUUGAGUUUCCCUCCAACACCAUCUCCAUCAGAUACAUGAUGCUUGGGAGGUAUGACUGUUUUAGGUCGAUAAGAUUCUGUAAUUAGGCCCCAUCAUAAUUGUCAGCACCAGGCCCUCUGGGCUCUUAAUCUGGCCCUAUACGUCACCCCUCCAUCAACAUAUAUAGGUGGUCCUAUAUAUUUACAACGGCUCACACUUACGACCAGCUCUCUAGCGUGGGAAUUCAAGGGAUUCCCCACGUUAGAGAGCUGGUCUAUGUUCAGGGAAUUUUCCCCGAACAUAGAUUAGAGAGAUUCCUUGCUCUGGUGCGUAUGUUUACGGUCGGGUAAAUUUCCCCGAACAUAGACAAGCGCGCCAGAGCAGGGAAUCCAUCCAAUUUAUGUUCGGGGAACGUUUCCCGAACAUAGAUUUGAGGGAUUCCCUGCUCUGCUGAGCUUGUCUAUAUUCGGGGAAAUUUCCCCAAACAUAGACCUGCACUAGUGCGCAUACUCUGUAGCGCAUCCUUACUUACCGACCAAUUUGUUUUACGACCAGGUCGUAAGAACGGAACCCACUCGGUAAGUGAGGGGUAGCUUUACACUCAGUGGCACACCCACACACUGAUACAUGGUGUCCCUCCCUAACACACACUGUACCCACACACAUUGACCCAUUCAGAUACUCACACACACACACUACAUAGUCCUAUUAACCUGCCUUCAUGGGCAGCAUAGGGUCUGCAUGGCAACCUGUCUGCUUCUCUUACUUCAGGCUUCUUCCAGCCAUCGCUACAACUAUUCACAGCUGGCAGCCCUGCCUUCUGCAUCUACUUUGCUCAUAGAACGUCCUUCUUGGGGCCGCCAUAGGCUUGUAGCCUUACGCCAGAUCUAUGGGAAUUUGCAGUCCGCAAUAUUGCAGGGGAUGGGCCUUAUAAGGCCCAUGGGCCGUAGGUAGCCGACUCAUGUUUUACAGUAAAAGAUUAGUUUAGAAUUUACAAAAACAUUUUUUCAUAUGAUAUACAGAAUUUAGGUGGUAUAGAAACCUAACAAGACUAAUAAGAUCAUUAGCAUGGUCUGCUCCCCACAAUGUCAUCAGUGAUGCCCUGUAGGUCACUGAUAUGCACAGUCACAACCCCUUCAUGUUCCCCUUUCAGAAUUCCCAAUACUGAGGUGUAUGCAAGGUGGAUCCUGAAAGUAAUGCUAGUUCCCAUUCUUGAACUUUAUUUAAAUUAUUUUAAAAUAUUACAAAACAAAUAAGUAAAAUAAAAAUAAAACACUUAAUGAUAUACCAAACCCUAUAAAAAAAUGCCCAUAACUCUGCUAAUAAAAUCACUUUAAGAUUAUGCCCUGAGUAUCUUGGAAGAAAUGUGUCAGUGAUAUAUCUCAAGUCAGAAUAGAUUAUAAUAAAUGGGAACAUUAUACAAUUUGCAAUUAUUAUAUAUGCUUACGAAAUGAGGGGGUGGGGAAGGGGGGGGGGGAGGGAAGCAACUGAAAUUUAAAAAGCGUGAAAAAAAGAACCUAGACAAGAUGCAUUGCAAAUAUGUAAUGGGCAGUCUGUGAACCAUAGGAGGACCAAUAAAGGAUUUUACAAUUCAUUGUAAUAGUGCUGGACCAUUCUUUUGGGUUUUGUUCUGCCUAAGGUCACGAAUUAGUCGAUACUUUUAAGCAUUGUAAGAAAAGCAGUCUCAAAAUAGAGAUGUCCAUCAACAGUAUACUGUGAGAGUGCUCUGUAUAAUUAAUAUUGAUUGCAUAUAUGUGUAGGUAGCAAAUGAAAGACGAAGAAGCUGCAUGUAAAAAGGACAGUUGAAGAGAAAGCUGAAACCAGAACACUAAGAAGAAUAAACUGUUAACAAAGCAUAGCGUGUUAGAAAGACCACGAGAAUUGCAUGAAAAGUAAGAGGAUAUGUGUCACACAGAAGAAUUAAUUGCCAACAUUCUUCUGUACUGUUCCUGUACUUCACCCAGUAUACAGUGUUCCUGUACUCUCAAUCUAGUCUGGAGUUACCAUUUAUCAACAAAGUCCCAACAGACUCUAAUAUAUAAAUGUUUAAAGAGACAGUCUACUGCCCAAAUACAAAAAUAAAAUCACAGUUCAGUUAGUGGAUAUACCUACAGGGAAACAUGUAUGUAUUUAAUCAUGCAUUUUUCAUUGGGGAUAUGUCUGAAAACAGCUGGCAGGAUCUACAGAUCUCUUGUCUGCAGCCUUGGCAAGCCGUCCCCUUCUCUCCCAGCCCAGACAAAUGUAGUUCAAUGAGAAGUCUUUGCAAGGCAGUUGUUCUGUGCAUUUGCCUGCCUCUUAAGUUUAGAUCCUCCGUACUAAACUGCCAGAAAGUAACAGGGUCUGUUUGAAAGCCAGGGGGGCAUAACAAGGUUAUUUUAGAAAAUUGCAUUUCUAUUGAAAUCCACAUUUUUUGUAAAAUUAAAGGACACACUCUACAACAACAAGGAUCCAUCUAUAGGACAUCCACCAGAUCCCUUCAAGUACAAUGCAUCAACAGAGCAUUGUCUAGAGACAAAAUGCCCUGGUGUCACCCCAUUGUUUUUUUUUAUGUUUACAUUAUUUUAAUUCAAUUAUAGUGGCAUAUGUCAGUGAUCUGAACUCUUAGGGGAAUGUGUAUCUGCCUGAGUAAUAUAGAAGAGACUGAUAAUUUGACCCAAGGUAUUUACAAUGCGUCCGCUCUUGAGCAGAGAUAUUCUUUGAAUGGUCACCAUAUGUCUAUAUAUCUCUGUGGGUUAGUGGAUUUAGACAUUAAUAAAUUCCUCCAUCAACCUAAAAAUGUUCAACUCUCUGUAUCCAAUCGCUUAUAGUAGGUGAGUAUGUGCGUUUCCAGAGAACUGGUAUGACAGUUAUAACAGCGUUUAAAAGAUAACAUAUUGUGAAGCCCCCACGACAUAAGGGGACAAAAGCAGAGACACCACACACCCCCAACACACCGAGCAAGGGUCAACAGCUAUAAACCAAACGCAACGACACCACCCCAUAAUACCAAGCCCCUUAUGACCAAGGGAUGUUAUCCAUCAACGCUACACAGACACCAAGCUACCACUGAAGGGACGAGAUGAUCGCCCAUCACUAACACACAUUCUAGACCACAAUCCACAAUCCACUUGACAAGAUAAGAGUGACCCAGGACCACCCUGACUUUUAGGGGUACCAUCCUACAAGUCGUCUCUCAGAUCAGGAUCACACGACCAUAUAACGACGAAGAUAGACAACCAUAUAACAAAAACCAUUGACAGACAACAGAAACAUGAAAAACAUAAGCAAUCACGACAACGGACACACCAAGAAUCGAAUGUACAUGUAACCAAAUAACCAUCUUCUUUUUGUUCCCAUACAAUCUCAAUGUACUUUAUGCAACCCGGCUUUUGCACAAGCCUAAGUAUUGAAUACCAGCUGUAUGUUAUGACAAUGUUAAAAUAAAGAAUUAUAAUAAAAAAAAAAUAAAAAAAGAUAACAUAUUGUGAGACCUCACUUGGAGUAUUGUACACAGUACUGGAGACCGGAUCUUCAGAAGGAUAUUGAUACCUUAGAGAGGGUUCAGAGAAGGGCUACUAAACUGGUUCAUGGAUUGCGGGAUAAAACUUACCAGGAAAGGUUAAAGGAUCUUAACAUGUAUAGCUUGGAGGAAAGACGAGACAGGGGGGAUAUGAUAGAAACAUUUAAAUAUAUAAAGGGAAUCAACACAGUAAAGGAGGAUAUUUAAAAGAAGAAAAACUACCACAACAAGAGGACAUAGUCUUAAAUCAGAGGGACAAAGGUUUAAAAAUAAUAUCAGGAAGUAUUACUUUACUGAGAGGGUAGUGGAUGCAUGGAAUAGCCUUCCAGCUGAAGUGGUAGAGGUUAACACAGUAAAGGAGUUUAAGCAUGCGUGGGAUAGGCAUAAGGCUAUCCUAACUAUAAGAUAAUGCUAGGGACUAAUGAAAGUAUUUAGAAAAUUGGGCAGACUAGAUGGGCCGAAUGGUUCUUAUCUGCCGUCACAUUCUAUGUUUCUAUAUCAGCGAUUUGCGUUUAUUGAUCUCAUGGUGUGAUGGAAAACAACUACCAAUAUGUAUGUUAUUACUGUAGUUUGUGUGAUUUAGAUUAAUAAGCUGUAUGAUGUUUGUCCAGCAAGGUUUAAUCUUAUCACAGUGCUACCAUAUAUAAAAGCAACAUUUUCUCACUAGACUACGUAUCAGGACAUAACCAUCAUCUGUUCCUUGGCACGUCUUAAAAAAUAAAUACAAACUCAGAUGAACAACACAUAUUACACUGUCAUGAUUUAUUUAACAAAAAUGAAGCCAAAACGGAAAAGCCUAAGUAAACCUUAUGAUCCAAUAGCAUUUAAAAUCAACUUUAGCAGCAAUAACUUGAUGUAAUCAUUUUCUGUAUGACUUUAUCAGUCUCUCACAUCGUUGUGGAGGAAUUUUUGCACACUUUUCUUUACAAUGUUGCUUGGGUUCAUUGAGGUUUGCUGGCAUUUGUUUACACACAACUAUCUUAAGAUCCUACCACAGCAAUUCAAUUGGGUUGAGGUCUGGACUUUAACUGGGUUCACCUUGAUUAUUUUCAUUUUUAGGCAUUCUGUAGAUUUGCUAGUUUGCUUGAGAUCACUGUCGUGAUGCAUGGCCCAGUUUUGUCCCGGCUUUUGCUGUCAGACAAAAGGCCUCACACUUGACUGGAAUACUUUGGUAUACAGAGGAAUUCAUGGUCGACUCAAUGAUUGCAAGGAUUACAGGUCCAGUGCUGGUAUGCUGUGCACUAUGGCCAGACAUCUCCACUUUGGUCACGUCUGUCCAAAGAACAUUAUUCCAGAAGUCUUGUGGUUUGUUCAAAUGCAACUUUGCAAACACUAGGUCCCAUUGUUUAUUUUAAUAGUCCCAUAUUAAUUAAUUUAUUAGUUGCCCCACCACAGGGGCAUGGCAGACCUGUGCCUUUUUUUGGAGUAGCAACUGGGCAGUAAUAGCUGGCGACUUGCUGAUAAGUAGACAUGCCCCUACUCGCAACACAAUGUGUAGGUGCCCGAAGGAGGAUUUAACCUCGAUUACACUAAUAUGUGGAUGAUAUCGUCCCCCACAGGACUAUACAUUAAUGAUUGCAGAAAAAAAACAACUAAAAAUUAAAAUCAUAAAAUAAACAAUAAAAAAUUCUGAUCAACCAUUCCAACAGUCGGGGGUUGCAAAAGUAAUAAGCAUCCAAGAAAGUGGAAGGUUUUAUAUACUUCUAGGACAUGUACCCAUCUCCAGCAUUGUGAAAAUAGCAACAUGGCAACCACUCUCUGCAUGCAAAUGAUACACAAUGCAAAAGCUGAUAAAAAACGAAAAAAACUAAACAAAACAACAAAGAAAGACAAAAGAACCUCUUAGAUUCCUACUUCAUUGAAAUACAGUUUAAACCAGCAUUAUGCAGUUUAAACAUUUAUGUGCAAAACAAGGAUUUGCAUUCAAGUAUGGUAAUCAAUAUGCUAAAAUAUCUCAUGUGUUGUGAUAAGGCUGUGGUACUUGAAAUGCAACAAUGUAAGUUCAUUCACUAUAGUAAAUCCUUUGAAAUUGCAAAUAUUAGGCCAAAACACUCAAACUGAAGAAAUAAAAAAAAAAAUCAUAUUGAUGUAUGUUUCCAGUUUAGCUAUCGCGACUUUGAAGUAACACUCCCACUCACGUACCAACUUCAGCUCAUUUCAAUAGCUUUGGGGGCAGAAGCUUCCGAGCUCCGUCCUACUUUCAGAGGUUAAAGCAUUUUCCAACUGUUUAACACAAGAGUUGGUUCCUGCACCUGUUUAGAAUGGCAGAUUCUAAAAAAAGAAUAAAAUAAAUGCAGGCGUGAGGUCUUCUGUCACUCCCUUAUUAUUUAGGGCCCCACAUGCCGACACUGGGUGAAUCUGGGGGUUCAAUAGGUCCAUCCCCUUAUAAUUUAGAGGCCCCAAUGGGUGGUGUUGGUUGGGACAAUAGAUCCACUCUUCAUUAAUCUUUAGGGCCCCACCUGCCAUCAAUGGGCUGGUGGCUGAUGGACACUGUGCCCCCCCUAUUAUUACUUCUAGAGACCACAUCUGCCAUCAAUGGGCGGGGGCUGGGGGGUCCCUAUGCCCCCUAUUCACUUUAUUUAUUAUCCCCCACCCGUGAAUAUGACAGGAAUGCAGAGGGUAAAUGAGAGAGUGUGAGUGUGGCAGAGCGAGGGGGGUGAGUAAGACAGUAUUAGGGGUCUAAUGUGAUUGUGACUGGAUUGGAGUGUUAAUGAAGUGCAACAGAAUUAGGAUGGUUAAUGUGAGUGUGACAGGAUUGGGGGUGGGAGGGUAAUGUGAAAGUAGCAACAUGGCAAUCACUCCCUGCACGCACAUGAUAUUGAAUGCAAAAACAUUGUACACAGCUGAUAUAACAAAACAAAAAAAUAUAAGGAAGAAGACAAGAGACCUUCUUACAUUCCUACGUAAUUUAAAUACAGUUGAAAACAGCAUGAUGCAGUUAAACCAUUUAUGUGCAAAGUACAAGUAUGGUAAUCAAUAUGCUAAAAUAUUUCAUUUGUAGUGAUAAGACUGUGUUCCUUAAAAUCCUGCAUUGUAAUCAAGCACUCUGACAACAAUGUGGAAUGACUUGCAGGAUUAUUCACUAAAUGUUAAAUUGCUGGGAAUUGCAAAUAUUAGACCAAAACACUCAAACUGAAAAGAAAAAAAAAAUCUGUCUGGGAUCUUUGCAAAUUAUGCAAAGUCCCCAGACAGUGACAGUGUCGGUUUAAGAAUGUCAUAAAAUGUGAUUACAGCGUGAGAGUUAAUAAUGAACUGAUCUUUAUUAAAACCUGUGACUUGACAAAGUUGGUUUAAAUAGUAUGGGAGCUUGAAUGUAUUUUUUUAAAAAAGGCUAAAAAUUCCCAAGAUUUGAGUCUCCUAGCAUAGCAGAUGUGUUGCCUGAGCUCCUGCAAAUUUAUUUGAUUUUGAUGUGUUACCCCCAUUCAAUAAGCAAUUAUUCUCGCAGCUAGACACCACCUUAUUUGGGGGAACCUGGGAGACCACUCAGAGGCUUUAAUCGUGACUUUACCCCACUUGGCACCCAUGACCUUCUGCUGAGGCCUACUCAGGACAGAGCUGAGGAGAGGCGGCAGAUCUCUUUGCUCUUAAGUCCCCCUCACCCCUACCCUGUCCACCUGGACCGGCGGGAGUUAUCCUGGUCUCCACUGGACACUUUGGGGCUGUUAUACCUGCUUGCACAUUGAGCUUUACUUUGUGCAUUGACAACACAUCUCCUGUGCUGUGUGCUCAAGAUGGCGGCUGCCAUUUCCCCUGACCGGUAGGUCCUGCACCCACACCAGAUGCCUCACUGCAGCUCCUUGGAAUACACCCUUUUGUGCCUGGAUGAGGUGUUUAGAGCCUUCUGGCUAAAAAUUCAAGAGCGUGCACAAGCUGAACGGCGGGGAGAUACCGGGAGAGGUGAGCUGGUGGGGCAGAAUGGGACCCCUCUGGGCGACCUACCCAUGCAAGUGACUACUUACCCUGCUAACCGCCUGCCGGGGCCGAGAGACCCCCGAGAUAAUCCCUUCUUGCAUCGCCAGACAGAUGGAGGGUCAUCCGCCGUAAACGGCGCUCACCACCUGGACCCUCCGUAUACCCCAGAAAAGGGCAAGGACUUAGUCCCAGAGUCACGAACUGGAGAUGCUGGUCCUCACACAGGCCUGGGACGGGAGGAGAGCCCUGGCUUGCCGCGUUCUGGCUUUUACUCACCUGGACUUCCCGAAACCUGAACAACCUCUACCUCCAUUGGGGAUUGGCUGAUCUUGUAACUAGGCCUGCAGCCUGGAAACCACAUUGAUCGUGGGAGAUGAUGUGUAACGAGCUAUGCACAAUAUGCAACUCUUAAUUCUAAGCUAGCACAUCUUUAAUCCAUUUUGAUUUCAAUAAUUUUGAUUUAAACAUUUUCAAUUACUGAGCACUAUCGUACUAUAGCUAGAGUGCCCUGACGUCCAGUGGCCUUUAAUGCCACCUGAUGUCCUCAGGUCUUUGUAUACUUCGCUAUUCUAAUUAGUUCAUUCACUCUGCUAUGACCUACAUCUGAUUUUCCUGUAACUUAUAUUGGCGUAUUCACUAUCCUCAUUUAGCAUAGAUAUAUCAGUUCAGCUCGUGUAGUAUCUAUCCUUCGAUGUAGUCUACCUGAGCAUGUUUUUUCUAUUUAAAAAAUUGUGCUGAUCUCUCAAAUGCUAUGAUGAUGUUUAUUUUACAUUGUUCUCAUUGGCAUGUCUCUGCUGUGGCAAUACAUGCUUGUUUGUAACAUUAAGCACACAAAAAUAAAGAUUGACACAAAAAAAACUCCCAAGAUUCUUCAGACCUUCCAAGUCACAAACUGUUCUUAUAUGCAUGUUUCGCGAACGGACCCCCUGAGUAACCAUCACAUAAACUCCCCACGCAAACAUUUACAGCUGACAUCACUCAGGGCUAUUUAUAAAGGUGACAAUUGUCAACAAUUAAAAUUUAAUUUCCAAUAAAAUCCAAAAUUAUUAAACCAGAUCACAGCUGACUUUAUUGAUUUUUCUCUAAAUUCUGCAAUUUUGGAUUUAAAGGAACACUAUAGCAUUAGGAAUACAAAGAAUAUGUCUAACGCUAGUGCCCUGGUGGCCAGUUAGGUUAAUGGACCCACCUGCACGGAGAAAAACACCUUUUACUUACCUUUUACUUCCUAUAUGAAAGCAUUGAAAGGCUAAUGCACAUGCGCAGCAAAACUCCAUGCUGCGCCAAUCAGAUGGUCACUAUGUGACCAUCUGAUUAAAAGAGGUUUAUUCUGCUAUUUCAGAGCCUCUAGUAGCUAUCUGAGUGAUAACCACCAGAGGCAUUUUAACCCUUCAAUGAAAACAUUGCAGUUAAUGUUUUUACUUGCAGGGUUAACAAUUGUAGGGGAGGCAUGGCAUCCAGAUUACUUAAUUUAAGUUAAGUGUUCUGGGUGUCGAUAGUGCCCUUUUAAAAUUCAAUUCCUACAAAUUAUCACCUUAGUGAAAAACCCUGACUGACACUAAACACCUCCCUCUCCAUAACUUCCUAGUGUCCCUAUUUUGGAUCAAAAUCCAUAAGUCCUUCGUUUCUAUCCUAAUGUCCCUUUUUAGUAUGAUCUCAAUGUCCCUGGUGUACCUGAAUUUAUGCUAGAGCUUCACAGCAGUAAUCCUCACAGUAAUGUGUCUUUAAACUACGAUACAUAUGUUUAGAAAUCAGUCUGUUUAAAUAAGAUACAUUGUUCCUGUUCUAAAUUACAUUUUAGUUACAUUAAUUAUUAGUAAGUCACCUAAGAUUUCCCUUUGACCACGACCCAACUCACACCCAUAACAUUAAAGUGCCCCUCUCUCCCAAUUUCAGCUCUCUCAAAUGCGUCAGGCCUUACAAUGGCUUCCUGUACCCUACAGGAUUCAAUUCAAAAUAUUAAUCUUUAUUUAUAAAGCUUAAAACAACGCUACUCUCUACUACAUUUCUUCACUAAUUCAUAGGUACGCCUCUUCUUGGUUGCGCCGUUCUGCGGAAGACCUUCUUCUUAUCGCGGGCAGUCUGCUGCUUUGGAAUAGCCUGCUUACUCCCAUUAGACUCUCCCCCUAAUCUUCAAACAUUUAAGAAGUCCCUUAAAACCCAUCUCUUCAGAAUAUUUAUUGUUACCUUUCCCGCUUUAUAAUAUUGUAAUAUUGUAACACACUGCAGAAUACGUUGGAGCUAUCUAAAUGACAUUAUUAAUAAGCUUAGUAAAGGUUGAACCUAGUCUAGACUUUAAGCUCGUUUGAGCAGGGUCAUCAUAAAAACCUGUUAUUCUUGUAACAUUUGUAACAUUUCGAAAUUGUCUCAUUUAUUGUUGUUUUACCCUUUUUAUAUUAAAUAAAUGUUUAUGGAAAGUUUUCAUUGUUCCCAGUAAAAGUACAGGAAAGAAAUCCGACAGAACUACGAGCUUAUCAUUCGAUUAAACAUAUUGAUAAUCUUAUAAAAAAAAAUAACAAAUUCAUACCCUUUAACCAAUUAAAAGAAAGUAAUAAUUUAGAUAAUUCGGACACCCCAAUUCACAAAAAAAUUGAUUGAUUGGAUGAGUUUAAAAUUUUACAUUUUGAUUUGAAUAAGAGAUCAAUAGUAUUCCCACCUAUAGAAAAAAAAAAAAUUCAGGUCCGGGAAGGAAACAUACCAUAUCUAUUUUUUACACGAAUUUUGAAAACAAGAACUAUGAGAAAUCAGACUUCAUGCUACAUUGGGAGCGGGACUUAGGCCUGGCCUUUGAUCUGGAUGAUUGGAAUGGUUUUAUUUUAUCAUUGAAAGGUACUACACAGUGCGUCUCUCAUUAUGAAUCCCAUUAUAAAUUAUUAUUCAGAUGGUACCUAACCCCCCUCAAAAUUACACAAAUUCAAAUUAUUACAUUCAAACAAAUGUUGGAGGCAUUGCGGACAAGUGGGGUCCUUAGGCCAUGUUUUUUGGACGUACCCUUUAAUAAAACAAUAUUGGAAUUCGAUUCAUAAUGUUACCUAAAGCUACUCCAUCCUGUUUAACCUUACCUUAACCAAAAAAUAGUGCAAAGUAUCUCCUUGCCAUGACGUGUACUACUAUGUACAAUUAUAUAUGUCUGUUGAUGCUGUUGUGGCAACACAAACUUGCUUGUAACUACCCACACUGCAAACAAAUUUAAAAAAAAAUAAACACAAUUACAGAUUCAAUUAUAAUCCUAACCCCUGAAAAUAGUUUAUUUAAAAAACCCUCCCCCAAAUUUACCCAAACACAAAUCGAUUAUAUUAAAACAUGUAUUAAUUGCAGCCAACUCUUUAAUACCCAAAUAUGGGAAAUCUACAAAAAUCCCAUCCAUUAAAGAAGUCUUAAAUUUGGCAAUUGAAAAUAAAAGAUGUGAAUUGGUUUUUACACUAAAAACGAUAAAAAAAAUAUGAAUUUUCUCCAUGAGUGGGCAAUGUGGGAGGAGGACAUAAUAAAAAAGUACAGUCUAGGGUAAUGCCCCCCCAGUCGACUAACAUAAAUGUAGUUUUUAUUGUUAUUUUUAUUACUGGUAUAUUGCAUUUUUAUCUAUUUUAUUAUCUUCUGUACAUACACUUAUGAUAUAUUAUUUUUUAUAUUUUAAUUAUUCAAGAAAGGCUUUUAUUCACAUCAUUUUGCAUACAUAAAAAGUGGGCUUGUUUCAAUAUAAGCUGUUGUACAAUAAUAUUGCAGCAUUACAGUGCAGUAAAGUCAGUCGUGAUAGCAAUAAUAUAAUUACAAGUCUGGAAAUCAACGCAUCCAUGAAGUGUACUACAGGUGUCAUAUCUGUAUACAGGCGUUUAUAAUAAAGGGUGCGAAUGGAAUGCAGUUAAAUAUGACAUACUGUGACAUUGCCGACAGAUAUUACAAAAUAAGUGGGCAUUUUGAUGAAGAUGUGCUUAAUGAACUCAAGAGUAACGAGUAUAUUAUAUAUGUAAGUCUAUCAGUGCUAACUUUAAGUAUUUAAGUUAAUACUGAUAUCAGUACAGCAGACUUAGUAGCGUGUGUCUUAUAAAGAUAACUAAUAGUCGGUUUGGGGAAGUAUGUAGAAAAAUCGCAUGGUUGCAACUGUGCAUCAGGUCCACCUGCUAUCCAAGUUGUAUGAGCUAUGUAAGUUUUCAGGUUAACCUUUAAAGGCGAGUGUCAGCCCACAGUGUUUCGCUUAUGUAUGUCUGAUUGUUCAUUUUCUUUUGCUCUAUCCUAUUUCCUGUGUGUUUUUGCUGCAAUUAUAAAGGGUAUAUUCCAAAAAACUAAAUCAAUUUACAGGGUUACAGUUAUGACCGUUGUGCCUUAACGUGCGGGAAGAAGAAUGCAGCGAAGAAGAAGCAGCUCUUCUGUUUAUUGCCACCUGGGAGCCCCUGGGUUCUUAUGAUUUAUCUUGUGGCAAAAACGAUGUAAUUAACUAUGGCGCAUGGCCUAUUCCAUUCUACUGUUAGGCUUGUGUAGCCAUAGCCCAGACUCCAUAUUAAGUUUGUACCAAAUAUAACUCCCUCUAGCGCUCCAGGUAAUCAUGAUGUGAUAAUAUAAGAGAAGGGGAAAUAAAAAAGAUGGGAAGUGUGCUCUCGGGGUUGUGGAGGAGCCUGUGGGAUAGGGCCCUACGUGAAGAUCCCUGGUUAGGUCCUCUUGUGAACCCCAUGGAUCUUGGUCCAAGCACGUGCGGCCAGGUUAUAUAAAUGAAAAAAAAAAUAACACAAGUAGGUAAUUAAGGAAAUAAAAUUAAGUAAGUAAAAAUAACUUCCUGCUUUAGGUGGGAGCUAUCCCUGCCUGAGUGUGUCACAUGUGAGGUGUAGUAUGAAGCCUCUGCGGGGCCCUGCCUAGUGCAUCAACAUCAGGCACCCAUGGGUGCCAACAUAUACAUUAACACCCGGCUCCAGGUAAUGCCCCCCCCAUGAGCUUCCAGGUAUAGCGGGCACUCGAGGUAACCCAGUCCAUGAGACCACCCCUCUCCUAGAGUCCACUAACUGGGCGGCCUCUGCACCUCCACUGUCCCGGUGGAGUCUCAAUAAGUAAGACAGGCCACUGCUCCUAAGCUUAGUCCAUGCGGCCCCGUGGCCACCAGUCCACCGCAGCCCCCCACAGACCAGCCCGGCCGGGCUCGCAGCAACAGGAAGCAACAUUCUCCAGGUCUCCGGAUCUCCUAGAGAUGGAGGUCACUCCUGUCCGACCCUAGACAGUCCGGUAACCAUGAUGCCACUGCAUGUCGGCAGUCCUCUCGGCGCUCCUGAGUGAUUUCUAGGCGGACCCCUGGGUGAGUGUGUUAGGAGUCAUUUAAUCCGUUCCGUGACAAGGCAAGUAGGGGGCUCCACAAUGUAUGUCUUGUCUCCCCUGUAGUGGCUGAGUACAUACUGGCAGAGCUGCAUCCAACGUCCCGCAAUUGCAGGCUGGUAACCGCAAGCCUGUAUAUGAAAACUUGCAUCUUCAAAACAGGAAACAAUUUAAACAAUUUAACAGGUGACCGGGAUGACCCUCCCGAUCCUGGGGGGGGUGCAGGGCCGCAGCGUGUUCUCUCCGGUCGCCUCUUGCACGUUAGGAGAGACAGGCACUUUCAUAUCAUGCUCGUUCACUGAGCAUGUGCAGAGUGCUUCCAGGCACAGCAAUAGGACGCAGGUUCAUGCCAUCAUGUAGGCACGAGUUUUCAGCUUCCUCACUUUUGUAAGAUCUGCAGCCGCCAGUUGGUCUCUUUGUCAUGCUGGCAGGUUACUCUAGUCAGAUAUCUUAUUUUGAAGGGUUAAUAGUCAGUUUGUGGGCAGAAAAAUCUGUGUUUAUUCAGUUUUUAUUUAGGACUGGAGCUGCAUGAGAUGGCUUCCUUUCAGCUCCACGGUCCGCCCCCGCCACCAGUUUUUAUAUUUUAUGUAAAAACAUAUGUAUAUAUAUAUAUAUAUAUCUUUUCUCUUAAAUAUUAUGGAUGUAUAUAUUACUAUUGUUAUUUCCCCCAUAUUGUAAUCCAUAUUAAACAUUUUUAAAAAUCAUUUCUGUAACUUAUAUCUUUUAAAACUCACCCAAAAAUUAUUUGAAAAGAAUUACGAGCUAGUUGUAUGAAGGCGUGUAGAUUAUCGAACCCAAAAGGGCGUCAUCAUACACGUAAAUGUAGAUAACCUACUCAUGCGUUAGUGAAACUCACAUAAUAAACAUAAUCCAAACCAAAUGAAAAACAAAUAUAUUAUUAUUUUAUUAUUUAUAUAGCGCCAGCAAAUUCCAUAGAUAGCGCUGUACAGAUAUUUGAAAUAGCAGGAAUAACCCCCCCCCCCUUUUUUUUAUAACACUGUAAAGCGCUGAGGAACGAGUUGACGCUAUAUAAAAUAUAAACGCCAUAAAUAAUAUCUUAUAUUCACAUCCCUCCAACUUCUUUUUAUUUGUUUGCACCCCCUGUUGUACAGCACUGCAGCCUAUCUGCUUUAUAAAUAAAUUAAUUAUUUUAAAAAAAAACUUUUUUAUUCAGUCUAGUUUUUAUGCAGUAUUCACUUAAAUUAGCUUUAAAAAGCAGCAUUCACAGGCACUGAAUACCAGUCACACAGGAAUGGCAGCUUUUUUUGUGUGUUUUUUGUUUUGACUAUUUGAUCAGGGUAAAGACAAAGGCGGGAAAAGGUGAGUUUGCAAAUGAACCCUGAGGCGAAUACCACGUGACCAAUCGAAAACGUUGGCGCUCUCCGCCACGCCCCCUUUCCCCCACUCGCUCUCCCCUGACGUCAGCGACCCCUGCAACGCUGCCCUGGGAACCCCGUGCCAGAGUAAAGAGCUUGGUGGCCGCCAUUUCAGGGAGUCACAGGUUUGCCAUUACACGGCCUGCCAUCUUCCCGCCCCGAGUAACCCUCUCACCCUGCCCUCCUCUCCCCACCCUGUCCGUGGCCCCGCUGGCCGCGCCGCUCCCCUGUCUAGCUCUGUAACGAAGCCUUGUUCUCUUUGUAGAUUUAGACGGUUUGUCGACUCGAAACCGUCCUCUUUCCAUAAACAAGGCCGCGGCCUAGCUCUCAGCACACGGCGGGCGCCCCUCCAGCUCCGACCGGGGGUUCACCUCAGGUAACUAUCCUCUCACCGCACUCCGUCAGCCCGCAUUGUGGGCUCUAUUUAUCACUGUAUUCACUGUGUGUGUGUCUGGCGAGGGCAGGGCUCCAUGGAGGCUGUCACUGGGGCUGACCUCUUUAUUCAGAGCCUGGUGAGCGGCCAUUACAGCGAACUUUACUGUGUCCCAAUGGGGCCUGUUGGCGGAUUUUAUUAUACCUGUUGCUUUUAAUCCUUGUAUUUGUUGUGUGGAUCUAUACACGCCGCAGCUUUAACGUGGGCCUAUGUUACACGUGUGCAUAGGUCAAGAUGUGGCUUUCUGGACAUCCCAUAAUAAUCCUGGACCUGGGUCCAUCUCUGUGUUUCUGAACACCCCAUAAUACUAUUCCUAGACCUGGGUCUUUGUACUUCUGGACACCCAAUAUUAAUCCUGUACCUGGGUACAUAUCUGUAUUUCUGGACAUCCCAUAAUACUGGAUCAUUAUCUGUAUUUUUGGACUUCCCAUAAUACUAAUCCUGAAUCUGGGUCAAUCUCUGUAUUUCUGGACACCCCAUAUAAAUAAUCCUGGACCUGGGUCCAUAUGUGUAUUUCUGGACACCCCAUAUUAAUAAUCCUGAAUCUGGGUCCAUCUCUUUAUUUCUGGACACCCCAUAUUUUAAUAAUCCUGGACCUGGGUACAUAUGUGUGUUUCUGGACACCCCAUAAUACUAAUCCUGGGUCCAUAUCUGUAUUUAUGGACACCCCAUAGUAAUAGUCCUGUAUCCUUAUCUGUAUUUCUGGACACCCCAUAUUAAUAAUCCUGGAACUGGGUCCAUAUGUGUGUUUCUUGUCACCCUAUGUUAAUAAUACUUUACCUGGCAAAACCAAACCAGGUAAUAUCAAUGUUGAUGUGUGUGUGUGUGUGUAUAUAUAUAUUUAUUUAUUUUAACAGGGUAUAAACCAUGUAUGUAGGGUUGUUGACUAAAAUGUGAGUUAUUCACAUAACAAAUUUUACAUUUGAAAUGUUAGACCAAAGUGGCAGUUGUUGAGAGAAAAUACAUCUCCAGCAAGGUUGUUGACUGUAUUGACAUUUCACAAAUUGAAAUGUAAAAUACAGGAUAAGGUAGCCAAACGUUCACCUGUAGCUAUUUUAACUUUUUGAUGUAAUUUUGUGAAUAAACUCUAUAAUAUUUGAUUGUUUUAACUUUUGCAAUUUGGACUUAAAUUCACUUUGGUUACAAAUUGAAUAACCGUCAGUUUGUAGUGUAGUGAGUAACCAUGUGAACUGGAAAGGAGUCAUUCUGACCAAAAUGUUGCAGAUUAUGUAAAGGUAAAUUUCAGUAAAAUGCUAUUUUUUAGUCAUAUGAUGUUAAAAUGUCCACCACUUACUAUAAUGUAAGUUUUAUCUUUAAACAGCCACAGUUGUGUUUUGGUGCUGCAGACACGUGCAUUAAAACUUUGCCUUAAGUAGCAUAUGGCAAAAAUGUCAUAGAACCUCUUAUAGUUGCAGACAUAAUUGUAUGGAGGCAGUUAAACCAAUAUAUGCAAUAUUCAUAUGGUAUAGAAUUUAUUUUUUUUAAACAAGGAAGUGCUUGUACAUAUGUUAUAACUGGUUUCCUCAGGCUGCUAGAUAUCAAUAUUGUUGGGUUUAGGCCUAGUCUUCUAGUUUAGUAUUUUGUUGCAUUCCUAAGACUAUAUGUGUUGGUUGCAAUUCUACAGUUAAUCAUAUUAUUGCAUUCCAAAUAGUAUUUUGUUUUUUUCUUAAACAUUGUGAGCUUUUAUUUUUAUUUAACCCCUUAAGGACAGAUGGUGGAAAUAUACAGUCAUGAUUCCCUUUUAUUCCAGAAGUUUUGUCCUUAAGGAAUUAAUAUAAUCUUUUAAUACCUUUGCGAAAUGUAAAGAAAACCCUUACAGGUUUGUUUGUGAACAUCUGACUUGUAGCAAAUUAAGAUCUGCCAGAUAAAUAGAUUUAAAUAUAUACCUUUUUUUUUUUUUUUAAUUUACACUGGUAAUAACAUACAAUCUCGGGGUGCCCCAACAACAGUCCUCGAGCAUAUCAAUAGAAGUGGAAAAACAAGCACAUUUUUAAAUAUUAGUAGAGUAGCAGGUACAAUGAGAUACAGAAUGUGUCAGGAUAUAGGCAAAAAUGCAGAAUUGCGUUAGGUUUGCUUAGGCAUCAUGUUUAGGCUAUAAGUUUGUGUAACCACAGGUUCCAAAUCAUAGUUUUAGUAUGUGGUACCGGUCGGCAGUUACUCCCCCUGACAGGUAUGUAGUUGGGUGCUUCAAGUGUGGGUGUAUCUGUCUGUGCCAGUUGUGUGCUUGGCGUGUCCGCCAUGUGCUGUUAUGUCGGUUUAGCUGUGUGUGCGGGCAGAUAUGUUAUCGAUCGGGGGGGAUAGUCCAGUGUGUCAUGCUUUGGGUGCAGGUCCCAGAUCAGCAGAUGCCUUGGGUUGAUAGGCUCAGGGUGUUGCAUGUCAGCAAGAGGCAGAGUAGGUCCUCCCCAUAGCCCCGAUCCGUCUUGAAGUCCUGCAAUUGGAGGCCAUGAACUUACAUACUUAUGGAUGAGGCAGAGUUCUUCCCUGGCAGGGGACUGCAGCGGAUCGUCAUGGAUAGUCGCCCUCUGUGCCGGUGCCCGACGCACCAGAGUUUUCUCCCCGGUGGUCUUCAGCCCAAGCGGGCCCAUCGUGUGAGUCUGUGCGUUUGCUUUGUAAGGAGUGCCCAGGGGGGAUCCGCUCUUUUUCCGCCCCUCUUCUCUCUGCUUACUUUCGGCAACCGGUGUCUUGGUGUAGUCCGCUGGCUUUCCCUGGAGGCUGUCUAUUGUGGUAAUCAAGCUCUGCAGUAGGAUCUCUCCUGUGCUCUGCUGUUUCUCGCCAUGUAGCUGCACACGCGGCUGUAGGGUGUUGGGGAGAACUGCCCAGUCUGUGCUCUGUGGCAGGGUGGGUGUUUGGGCUCAGAUGGGGGGACUGGGAUAGCGGGGGGACAGCAUGUCGUUGGUCGGAAAACUGGGAGAGCUGCCAUCUCGUCAAAACUCAAGCUCCGGUAGGUCUCAGGCCUUGAUUGGGUUACUUCGAUGAAGUGCCGGGUCUAAUGCGGUAUCUCCGUGUACACCGUCGGCUAGUGAGUAUUUUGGUCACCGAUGUGGGUCGUGGCUCUCUGCUACUAUUUUCAGGUUUUGAUGCGGGAGCUCAGACGAAACACGUCCGAUCCAAUCAGCGGUCAAGCUCCGCCCCAGAUUUAAAUAUAUUCUUGCGCCUUGACAAUUUUUUCCAAAAUCUUGCAAUUCAGACAACAGGGCAGCAAGUGUGAAGCCAUCAAACUAGGUGGAAAAGUAGCAAAACUGGGAUGGAGUGUGGCUCUUUAGGAGAUCAAGAGUCAGAUGUGGAUAAGUAUAGAUGAGUUACUCUGGGAAUCAAAAGCAUUCUGUUGCUCAGUACUGCAGAAACCAAACUUAUAAAUUAAAUAUCAAACUGCAUUGGUGAAUAAUAUACUGGGGAUAUGAUGCAAUAUUUGUUUUGGAACACGCUCAAAUGUGUUUAUACACACAUUCAAACCGGGUAAUGGCUCCAAAACGAUUGUUUGGUCUUUUGGUUCCAUGUUCAUUAAAGGGAAACUACAUCACUAAAAUAACUUAGGUUAAGCAGUUUUUGUGUAUAGAUGUCUCCCUGCUCAAUUCUGUUUUUUAGAGUUCAAAAUCACUUUUGUUACUGUCCAUGCAGCUCUAGUUGCAUCUUUGUUGUGAAAGCUAUAAACACAGUGUAAGAUAAGACAUUCUAAAUUAAACAGAUUUUGCAAUAAAAUAAGUUUUAAACAUUUAAUCUCUUUAUUGGAAGUGUUUAGGAAAACUAAGUCACUGCUGGGAAGUAUAACUAGGGCUGCAUAAAAAAAAAUUAAUCUAUUUGACCCCUAAGUGGCAGAGAAUUGAACAGUGAGAUUGCAUGGGCAUGAUCUAUACAGCAAAACUGCUUCCUUGAGCCAAGGUUGUUUUGGUGUCUAUUGUUUCUUUAAACCUGUCAAGGCAUAUACAGUACAUGAUACAGUCCAGAUGAGAGAAUGUUCCUGGAUAUAUAUGUAUAUAUUUUUUUAUUCUUGUGACUAAUUUGUUUCAACUUAUCUUUUUCUUGGCUGCUUUUUAGAGAUCUACCAAAAUGGCUGAUGACUUUGACAUAGAAGCGAUGCUGGAAGCUCCUUACAGGAAGGUGAGAAACAUCUGCCAGUAGUUUUUGUUUUCAGAGCGUAGUUUAUUCUUGAAACUACUGCUGAAAUGUAAACUAACACCCCUGGAGCUCUCGUGACUUAUCCCUUGGAGAUAUUGCAUAACUUGAAACGUAAAUAUUUACUGUUUGUGAUUUUAUUUUGUGCAGUAGUUUGACUUCAGCGUGAUAAAUAAAUGCCCAUCUAUCUCUUUUUGUAGACUUGCCUAACGAUAUAUCACCUCUACUCCCAUGAAUUCACCUUUGAUUCCAGUGUGAACUGUCAAUCAUAAGGUAGUAAUUGAGUGACGUAUCGCUGUACCGUGGUCCCCUAGGUAAAAAAGACUUGCCUAUGAAUUGCCGAGCUCCGGUUUGGCAUAGCAACAAGGUGAAUGCAGUGGUUUUUUGGGAAGAAAUGGGGUUCCAAGAAUAUCCGCUUUCACCAGUCAAGAGCAGUGCAGUUCAACAGAUUUUAUUCUGCUCAUUUUUAAUGAGAUUAAAUAAUUUUUUUAAUAAUAUAAAGGCUGGUGAAAACCUCCAUAAGGACAGGAAGAAUUCAGCCACUAGGUGUAAAAAUUAAAAUGGGAGAAAAAUUCUUGAAACCACCAUAAAGUACUUCCAGUAUCCUGCUGUAGCUGCUCUGCUCUUCUCAAUGUAAAUGCAGAUGAGAAUUGUAAAGUAAAUGCAGGAUUUAACCUGUCCCUAUAUUUAACUGUACAUUUGUAGUAUUUUUUUUUUUUUUAAAUGGAGUUUGAAAUAUACUCCUGCCCUCAUAUCUGGAUAUUUGCCUUACUAUUUGCAUGCAAAGGAACAACAUACCCCUAUGUAUUUCUGGCAUAGAUGAUCUUGAGUCCUUAUUGUGGGCUAAUUACCACAUUGUCAGACUAGCUUGGCAUUUAGUGCCAUUUUGUUAUCACCUAGCCUUGAAAGUAAUAAACUGAAUGUUUUAUUAACUUCGUGAAACUUAUCAUGGAUGCUUCCAUGUAAACAGGUAUGGAAAUAGGGAAAUGUAUAGGCUGGGCAAGUGCAUAUUUGCUGACUUUUCUUGGGAGUCGACGUUACUAAAGCAGUGUGAAUCCCUGUUUGCUUCAGGGGGCGAGAUGUGUGACAGAGGUGGCACCAAGCUCUUACAGUCCCAAUCCUGCAACGAAAAUGGGCGAAGAUCACUGGAAUGGCAUCGGUCACAGGAAAUGGAUAGUGGCUGGCUACUAGCAUGGCCAUUGAGUGCUUAGACAAAUCGUAGCCUUGGUACUGAUCACAGGGACCACAUCACAAGAUUAAACCUUUAUCUCAAUACUACUUUUUCACAUGUAAAUAAUUUCCAGCAUUUCACCACUCAGCGAGUCACAGGAAGCCAGAACUAAUUGAUCUGAUAAUUUACAAGCUUCUAAAUCAAUUUGUGCUAGUUAACUUUUUUACAUUUUUAUAGAUGACUUUACAUGAUAGUGAAGCACUUUUAAAAAACUUUCUAUAUAUAUCCUUUUUUUUUUUAAAUUUUUUUUUUUUUAAGUCCCCUGUAUUUCUUUGUAGCUUUCCACACUAGUUAUAUUAGCUAGACAUUAAAUUAUUUUUUUAUUCUCUCAUUCCAAUUCCCUUUACCCUUUGCCCUCUUGAACUAUUUCCACCUCGUCCUCAUGAUGUUCUUCUAUCAACCCUGCUUAGGAUGAGAACAAAGUGAACAGUGCCAAUGGACAUGAAGAACGCAGCAAGAAGUAAGUAAAACUUCUCAGUUUGGACACUGCCAUUGAUUACCUUAUUAGUAGAUUAUAAAGUUUUGGGUGUCUUUAUCUUAGAAUAUUUGACUAAAAUUGUUAGUUGGAAUAAUCCUACUAACAAAGCCGUGCCUACUUCACGCAUUCAUAUGCAUAGUGUCCGUAUAAGCCAUUUUCUCCACGAACAUGCAUCAAUAUUGGGUUGUUCUGGAAUUUUUUUAAGUUCGUCUUCCCAAAAGUAUCUUUCUCCUAUUGUUUUCUCUUUUAGAAUCUGUUCUUCCUUCUAAUCUAUUUCUCUUUAAAAUAUUACCAACUGACUACUUUUUGUCUUAUGUAAUUUUUUUUCAAUGCGUUGCACAAUUGACAAAUGUUUGCGGCAAGAGUCAACCUUUGUUAACCACAAAGGAAAUGGAACUUGCCUUAAUUGCCUACAAUUGUCAAGCGUAGGUAAAAUACACAAGACAAAUUAGGCCGUUGUCUUAUAUUUUUUAAAGCAAAAUAGAGCAGAGAUGAAAUUUAACAUUCUUAAAGAGGAAGAGAAAACAAUAGGAGCAAGUUAACCCCUUAAGGACCAAACUUCUGGAAUAAAAUGGAAUCAUGACAUGUCACACGUCAUGUGUCCUUAAGGGGUUAAAGUGGCUCUAUAACGUCAAACUAGCUUAUAUAUAUAUUUUUCAUUGUACCUGGUAUGUUGAUAUCUCUUAAAGAUGACAGUGAGACCCUGCUGAUUUUACAAUAACUGUUUCAUUUUAAAGGAAAAAAAAGAGUAAAAGCAGAAGCCGCAGCCGAGAGAGAAAAAGAAGUCGGAGUAAGGAACGUAAACGCAGCAAAGAUCGGGAAAGAAAAUCUAGUAAAAGUCGUGAAAGGAAACGCAGCCGCAGCAAAGAGCGAAAAAAGAGCCGGUCGAGAAGUAGGGAACGCAGGUUCAGGGGACACUACAGAAGCCCUUAGUAUGUAUAUUCACAUUAAAACCCUGCUUGCAUAUUUCUGAUAUUAUGUAAUAUUGAUUUUUAGUUGAACUUGUAUAACCAAUUGAUUAGUGCAUAAUUAAUAUCUUUGACAAGUAAUUGCCUAACUUACGGUGAGGAUGUUAUUUUAAAAAACAAAUUUGGUCAUAAGCUAAUAUGCUAUUACAGGUACUUGCGAUCUGUUCACAUGCUCAAAUUAUGUAGAUGAAACCAUAAACCGGAUUAAAGUGAGACACUGCAACUUUGGAACCCAGAGUGACAAUUUAAUGAGCAUCUGUUGGUGACAAUUGCUGAUACCAAAAGAACAAUACGCAACCUUACAUCCUGCCGUAACUUUAAAUAAGGCAGUCAUGUAACAAAAUAUACCUCAGCUUUGAUUUAAACGGGAGCCAAUUCGCUGUCUGUAAAAAUAAAUAAAUAAAUAAAAUAAAAAAAAAUCUUUGAGCUUCUGGUGUGGCUCCCCUUAAUCGGAAUGAACGACCUAUACUUUCUUUUUGUUUGACAAAUUAACUUAAACCAUUUUUUUGAUAGACUGCACUGUUUUUAGCUUCAUGAUUAUCUUUUUUUUAUAGGAUUAAAGGUAGUGUUUUAAAGUAAGUGUGUGGUGAGUAGUUGUCAAUAAGGUCAUGUUGGAUAUUUUUUUUUUUUUUUCUUGCAAACAUAUUUUAUGGUUGCAUACAUUCUGUGAGUAUGCAAUGUGUUAUCCGUUAAACACUUCAGUUUUCCAUGUUGCAGUAUUUGCACAUACCCUAUGCAAAAAAAAUAAUAAUGCAGUAUUUGUAUGGGUGAGCAGGUUAUUUUGUGACUGUUGCUCAAUAUAUAACAAAAAAAUAUCUUCUAACUGCUUACGUUUACAUAAAAUGUGUAAAUUUACACACUUUUUUUUUUUCUUUUUAAGUUCUGGGCCGAAAUUUGGCAGCUCUAUGCGUGGCAAGAUUGGAGCACCACACAGUGUAAAAAUAAGGUUUGUAAAUCUAAUCAUUUCUUACUAGUCAUUGUAAAUAAAUCCAGCUUUGUGUUAACAUGCUUUUAUUUUCUUUUAAUCUAGGCGGCGUUCAAAGAGUAGAAGUCCACAAAAGAAAGACAAAAGUCCUGUCAGGUACGAGCUUUUAUGUAGAUGUAGGCAGUUCUUCUCUGCGUGAACUCAUUUUAAUCCAUCACCUUAGAAAGCUUUGGUGCAUGCAUCUGCUUCAGCUGAAUGGUUGUUUUAAAAAAAGAAAAAGAGGAACAACAUUUUCAGACAUGCAUGUGGGAGCAAAAUUGCAUGUGCAGUACUAAUUUCGUAUUCUACACUAGUGUGGGCUGUUUUGGGUGUUUGUAUUGUAACCUAAACUAGAAAUAUAAGAUUUGAAAGGCAAUGUUCCCACACUGGGAUUUUUUUAUUUUUAUUUUUUAAAAGCUGACUGUAGACUUGGUUAAUAAUUUAUAUUUAGCAGCAUUGGUUCAAAGUCUGCUUGUGCCCAGCAUCAGUGUGUACAAUUAGCAAAAUAAGCAAAUAAACAAAAAAAAAGCGGCUAGUAAAGAUCAGUCUGUUUCCCUAUAUCAUUGUGAAAUAUUAAUAGAUAAUCUGCAGUAUACACUUAAAGGAACACUAUACUCACUAUAAUCAUUUCAUCUCUUUGAAUUGGUUGUGAUGUUUGAAAUCUCCUGGCACUGUCUCCAAAACAGACAGCUGACACUCUCAGCCAAUCAUUGCUGCUCAUGCUAGUACUUCCUCAUUCGCCGGAGCAGCACAGAGAGGAGGGGCUGCUGGGGACUCUAAUUUAGCAUUGAAACAUAAAAAUAUGAAACUGUUUAAUGCUGAAUGAAAUUAUGGAACUUAGGAACUCUGGACACUAUAAUCAGUUUAAUAAAAAUAAAGCCGAUAGUGUCCCUUUAAACAUCACUUUGCCCUCUCUGUUUAGCAGAGGAGUGUUUUAUAGGUUGGUAAUGAUUGCCAUUACCGCAUAUUUGGAGAGUGGUGUUAACCUACUCUUUGGUUUCAGUAAAGUGUCUGCUGUCACAUUGGGUUUAAUGGAAAAGUGUUUGAGGUUUAUUGUAACAACUUAAGACUGACAUAAAUGUAGAAUGUCUGUUACCAUUUGGGGUAUUCUGUAAUACAUUUGCAAAAUUUAGAGUUGUUUGGGGGUUCCAUUUUAAGGCUGUUUGGCAGUAAGUAUUCCUUAAAGCAGGGGUAGGCAACCUACGGCACUCGAGGUGCCUUUGCAUGGCACUCAAGGCUGCUAGAGCCAAACAGGCUCUGGCCUAUAAGGAGUCCCAGUAAAACUUCAGAUAUCUGCUAAUACGAAAAGGUGGUGAAGGACAAUCCUCAAUUUAUGCAUUGCAGCAUGUAGAGAAAGUGAUCUCAGAGCACUUCAUUCCAGCAAUUGUGAAUGGGAAUCCACACAGUAGUAGAACAGCUCGCAGUUGCUGUUGCGGCUCCUGUCCUUGACCUGUAUCUGGCCGGCCUGGUCCCCACUGGAAUCCAGGGACGCCACCCACACUGCUAGAUAUACACAGAAAUGCAAAAUAACCUACCCCUCAUACAAAUACAAACAGCCCACACACAAACACACAAUCCGCUUAAACGCAACACCACUAACAAUCCACAUACAUGCACACAACCCCACAUGCAGCCUCUCACAUGCAAUACCCCAAACAGCCCCCACACACUACCAAACACACAAUGUGACAUAUCCAUCCACACACACACAAUUCCACAAGCAGCCCCCAUACAUAGCCCACAUUCAUAUGUAUCAUACACGAUAUCAUAAACUACUCAUGAACAUAUACAAUGUAAUAGCUCAAAUAUGCACAAAUACAACGAUACAAAGCAAUUACAGUAAAAAUAACACAAGCAGAAUACGGCAGCAAACACACUUCAAUUUAAAAAAAAAUAGGACCGGCACGCUACGGGACAUCACAAUCCUAUAUCGGCACAGUGCUGCUAAAAGGUUGCCUACCCCUGCCCUAAAGCCUAGCUCCUCAUUUCCUAAUGAGAAAGUUUAGCCUUCUUAUCCUUCUAAAGGGUUUGGCGAGCUCAAACUAUGAAAUAAGAUGCUGUAACUGUUGAUUAGGAGGCAAAAGCUGCAGAGAAUAUGACCCUUUUCACAAUUUAAAACCAUUUGUUGAUUGGAGUUGCCAAUAACAGAGCCUCUAAUUCGGAGUGCUUGCAGGACUCCUUUUUAAAACUAGAUUUUCACUGUGAAUAUAGAAGUUAAGCCUUUGACAUUGGAGAUGAAGAUAAAUAAAAUCACAAGUAAAGUUUGACGUUUUAAGGGACAGUCGCCCAGCUCUGUUAAAAGUACAAUACGAUUCCAGACACAAGUGUGAGUGCAAUGUUUAGUUAUACAGUAUUUGAUUUAUUUUAUUUCUCUUCCCACUACCCCCAUAAGUCUACCCUUUUCUACUAUUCUGCAGUGUGUUCCCUUUUGAGUGGGUGUUGCAGUUUAGCUGUUGGCUGACACUUGAUAUGUAACUCAUAAAAAUCCUUGCUAUACCCAUAACUGAAACUGCCGUGCUGUAGAAAGUCAAGUGACCAUUAGUCACGUGUUAGGUGAAAUGUUGCAGCAAAUGUCUGUAAAUUUAUUUUUUUUCUAGAUGGACAAACACAGAUCCCAGCCCAAUGCAGUCAAACUUGCAAGAACACACAUUCAGGUUCUUCUUCUCUCUACACACUGCAAAUAUAACUUGUUUGCUACUCACAAGCAUGCACACCUGUAGCAAAUGGGUUUUUGUAGGUGGAAAUCACAACUUAUAUACUGCGUAUAUAUCUGUUUACAAUUUAGGUCUUAAUGCACCAUUAUUACGUGUGAAACAUUCCUUUUGUGAAUUGUUAAACAUUCCUUAUUUGAUAUUUGUAAAUAAAAUAAUUUGUUUUUCAGGGAGCCAAUAGAUAAUUUAACACCUGAAGAAAGAGAUGCACGCACAGUUUUCUGUAUGCAACUUGCAGCAAGGAUCCGGCCUAGAGACCUGGAGGAGUUUUUCUCUACUGUUGGCAAGGUAACUGUUCGAGUUCAUAAUGUCAAUGUGUGACUUUCCAUAAAGUAUUGGCUAUGAUAUAGUAGUGUUUUGUUUUGCUAUUUCUCCUGUGACAAAUUCUGUCAUAAUGCAUCACUAUUACGUUUUACCAACGAAAUGGCUCCAUUGGUAGAUGUGCCAUUUGUACUGCCUUUUUUAAAAUUAUUUUUGUAUAUCUUAAUGAGUGAGACAGCAUGUAAAAAUGUCAUAAGCACAAUACACCUGACAGAUAAAUAACAGAACAUUAUACAUAGGACUUCAAGUGGAGCAAGAGGUUUUUUUUGGGGGGGGGUGGUGGCAAUUCAAAAGCUAAACUGAAAAGGUGGUGCCUGAUAAGUUGGCUCCAUAGGUUAACGACUCAAACCCAGGAAUAACUACCCCACACCAUGGAGAGUGUCGAUCAGGUAUAUACAAAUUAAAUGUGGUGGGGGUUGAUAAUGCCCUCAGAAUCUCAAGUGGGCAUGUCUAAAUAGGUGGUUGUACAUGUGAGGAUAGACAACCAGUAGAGGUACAAAUCUGGAGAAUGUCCACCUGAAAAUGAAAUGAGAAUUAAUAGCACAUUAAGCAACAUUGGAAACAUGGUAGAGACCUCAAGUGGCCUUCCAAACUUUGUCAUACUACCACUGCACGUAGUCCGUGUACUUCUGAAGUUUGAGUUAUAUUGAGCUAGUUAACGUACAUCCAAGGAUGGACUAAUAUGUAAGUAUCCAGACUGUGAAAUAUGUUUGUUAUGCUGACAUUGUUAAAAUCAGUCACAGUACACAAACGCACACAGAAAAGGGGUUGGUGGGUGCUCAAUCCUCAGCAUGUCCUGUUAAAGGAACCCUCCUUGCACCAUUAUAACGCAAUACUAGAAAGAGAGGGCCCUAAAAUAAAUUGUGUACUCUCUACUUUCCAGUGGAUCUGCAGCAGAAAUUUGAAAGCAGUGCAUCUUUUUAUUCAUUCUCUAAAAUACCUUGUGGAAUUGGAGUAUGUGUUUUUGUUUUUUUUAAUUCUUAGUUUUCUUGUGCAAUGGUAAUAAAACAGGUAUGCAUUGACAUAUACUAUAUCCACAAACAGUAGGGAGACAAAAGUAGUUUGCAUGUCAAGACAAUCUGCACAAUUUUUUUUUGUAAGAGUAAAAGGAAAAAUAAACGUAAGAUCACAAUAAUGCAUCAGGAAGCACAGGUUUAGGUUGGAUAUACAUGAGUAGUCAUCUGAUGAUUAACGAGAUAUAGCGUGCCUACAUGUAUUAUAAAGUUUAAACCUGACAGACCAAUUAUGCAUAGGACAUGAGGAGUAACCACUAGUGGUAACAUUUGAUAACAAGAAAACACCCUUAGCUAGGCUGAUUAAGUAUGAUAAAAAUAAUGCUUAUAGGUAGACCGUAAUCUGCCCACAAGAUUGAUAAAACACGUUGCCUGAGACGUAUAUUCCAGAGUUUGGCGUUAUAUGGCGAUCUUAAUGGUUCUGCACUAUUUUACUAUGGACAUUAGUCUCAAACUAGGUAUACUGUCUGCACUAAGUAAGUUAUGGGUGUAUAAAAGGUGAGAUGUCCUAGUAAUAGAGUGAUAGUCUGCGAGAUACAUAUUAAAAGGUUUGUAGAUAUGUUUAGUGCUUGCUGGUUAAUAAGUUAAUUAACUGCUGGGAUACAGGCUAACUAAGACGGUAUGGUAUCGCAUUAUAAGAAGAUGGUGUCCAUCAAUAGUAUAGGGGACUCAGAGAUUAGUUGCUUAGUCCUCUGUCCUCAGGGAGUCUCUGGCUCAGCCAAUCCCCAGGUUCAGGGAAACUCACAGGGCACACUAUGGGCAAGUGGUACUUCUGAGUUCCCCCCUGGGGAGUUUCGAUGCUGGAUGAGUGUCCCGUUUGGUGGAGUGGCUGUUCGGGUCACUCCGCCUGGUCUUUACUUGUUCUGGAGGGCCAGAGGUAGGUCGGUAGUAAGAGCUCUUGUACUGGUGGCGUCUGACUGCCCUCCGCCGCUUCUCAGUUUUCCUCUGCUUUGUGGUACGUCGCUUGGUGGGUGGUAAUGUGGCAGUACCUUGUCCAGCGUGUGCUUGGGUUUUAGGGCUCUGUAGCUUGCGGGGUGCCCUCCGGAUGGUUGGGCGGCGGGGCGAGUGCACCUCCGUAUGGAUCUUGUGCCCGGAGUGAGUCUGGCAGGCAGCCUCUGGUGCAUGCUCUUUCUUUUCAUGUGGGGUUUGGGAUGUAGAUUUGCGCUCUAGUCGCCUCUAGAAGGCAGUGCAGCUUUGAUCGAACCGGGCUUCAAAGUGCUGUCUCCAUUGUUGGAGUACCGGGUCUUCUGUAUCGUGUUCAGGAUAUUGCGUGGCGGCCAUCUUUGGUGCCUCGUGUGGCUUGCCGUCGGACUGUAGUUUACCCUGUGGCAGGUAAGUGUGAGCCUCCAGCGGGGACUGGGAUAUCCCCCACCGGUCCAUAGGGGGGGUAGCAGGGGAACAGCAGAGCUGCAAUGCGUUGCUGACCCUCCGUCGGGAGAUCGGCAGCCUCUCCUGGCACUCAGGUUGCUGACCCUGUUAGGCCUCAAAUACAGAUCCCGGUAAGCCGGUGUAAAUUGCUUUGUGUGUGGUAUAAAACUGUUCAGGUUAGCUUAAUUUAACCGCCGGUAGCUCAUUUUAUCUCCCUUUUGGGCUAAUUUGUGCCUUUUAGUCGAGUGAAAGGUUGUGCAGAGCAGGAGCUGUGCUUGCAUGCGUCUGCUCAGCUCUGCGUUCAGGCCCCGCCCCCUGGAGUAUGUGUUUUUAAGUUUGUCGAAUCUGAUGCAUGAGCAUAAUUAGACACUGUCAAUAAAAUACAGGUAAAACUUCCACUAACCUCUCAAAACAUGUUUGAUCUUAAUUUCUAAAAUGUUGUUUUACUCUUAGGUCCGUGAUGUGAGAAUGAUUUCAGACAGAAAUUCCAGACGCUCUAAAGGCAUUGCUUAUGUUGAAUUUGUGGAUGUGAGCUCAGUGCCUCUGGCAAUUGGACUAACUGGGCAAAGAGUGUUGGGUGUCCCAAUCAUAGUGCAAGCAUCUCAGGUAUGAAAAGAACUUAAGUCUGUAUUGUGGUUUGCAGUUACAAUCUCUCAAUACUUGUAUGUUGUGACCCUUUCCAAUAGGAUACCAAUACCAGUCAAUACUAGGCCCUUAUCCCCAUUUUCAAUCUAUAUAGGCUUGAACGGAUGCAAUGGUGACUUGUCUUGGCAGAUAUUUACAGUGGUUGUCAACAUAUUUACAUUUAUUUUGCAGGCAGAGAAAAACAGAGCAGCUGCUAUGGCCAAUAAUCUUCAGAAAGGCACAGCUGGACCAAUGAGGCUCUAUGUUGGAUCUCUGCACUUUAACAUCACAGAAGAUAUGCUGCGUGGAAUAUUUGAACCAUUUGGCAGGGUGCGUACCUGGUGGAGAAAUUAAGCCAGUUUCUUUUUUUCCAAACUAUCUUUCAACCUAGCCUUUAAUAAUUCCAUGGGUAAAGACGAGCCUUUUUCCUGUGUAUUUUUUAACAAUCUGAAAAGGGGUGGAGACCCUGGAAUUCAAUUUAGAUAAUCCACAAAAUAAAACUGGCCGCAUUGUUACUCUAUAGUGAACUGCAUUUCUUGUGUUACAAUCGUAUAGCAUGAAUCCCAAUGGUUUAGUGCACGGUACAUAACUCUGCUUUCUUGACUUACUAGAGCAUGAUUUCAGUAUAGCUCCUUGGAUAUUUAAUGCCAUGUCAUAUUGCUAAUUUGGUAAUUUUUCUCCUUUCAGAUUGAAAGUAUCCAGCUUAUGAUGGACAGUGAGACUGGCCGAUCCAAAGGUUAUGGAUUUAUUACUGUAAGUCACUGAAUUAUGUAGUUUUAUCUCCACUAUUUGAGUGCCUGUGUAGUUGCUAAUCAUUAAUGUUUCUCUAGUUUUCAGAUUCUGAAUGUGCCAAAAAAGCCUUAGAGCAGUUAAAUGGCUUUGAACUGGCUGGAAGACCAAUGAAGGUCGGCCAUGUAACCGAGCGGACAGACGCAUCCAAUGCCAGCUCGUUUCUGGACAGUGAUGAAUUGGAGAGGACUGGCAUUGAUCUGGGAACUACUGGUAGACUUCAGUUAAUGGCAAGACUUGCUGAAGGUAUGAGGCUUUAGAGAACAUACUGUAUACCUUUUUAGUGUGGCUCAUAAACAUAUUGCCUUUUUAAGCACCUUAAAAUAUUCUCUGUAUAAAUGUGACUUUAUUAGUUUUUAUAGUAAUGAAAAUAAACUUAAUUAUUGGCAUAAUUGUAUUUUAACAGGUACAGGUUUGCAGAUCCCUCCAGCAGCACAACAAGCUCUGCAAAUGAGUGGGUCUUUAGCGUUUGGAGCUGUAGCAGGUAAAGUCUGCUUGUUUGUUAAAUAUUGCUUGUCUUUGAAUUAUAUGGGGAGAGUGGGGCACAACAUUGAUUUAUAUUGAUUUUUCAAAACACUAAAUGUCCUUAUUCUAUACAAUGAAAUUGCUGCCAUUUUCUUCUGGUUUUAAGUCACUUAGUUUUAAAGCUGAUACUUGUACAAAGGUUUCUACAAGUCUGAAGAUACCCAAUAAUCUAUUCUGAAACUACUCUAAUCUGCUAUAAAGUGCAGGAGUGGUUGCUUACUUUUUAUUUGAUUAUAGCUUGGGUCGAUCUCAUGCAGUUCUGUAAUAAAAUGCAACCUUUGAUUUCACUUACAUGUUUUAUAACGAUUGAAACUUAAAGUGACACUAUACUCACCAAAACAACUCUAGCUUAAGGGAAGCAGUUUUAGUGUAUAGAUCAUGAUCCUGCAGUCUCGCUGCUCAAAUCCCUGCAGUUUAGACAUUAAAUCCCUUUUGUUUCUGUCCAUGCAGCUCUAGUCAUACCUCCCCUGGCUGUGACACUCCCCAUUCAUGAAAAAAUGAUUUCUCUUUUAAUUAGAUGUAACUUACUUUAAAAGUUCUUAUUGCCUGCUCUCUAAAGUGAACUUUACGCAUACACCGAAUGCUUGUGGGGUCUAGAAAGCUAUUAACAGUGCAGGGGAUAAUUUUUUAAUAGAUUUGCAAUGAAGUAUAAACAUUAGCUGACUCUUUACCGGAAGUGAUAGGAAGGAUGUGCAAGUCACCUGCAGGGAGGUGUGACUAGGGUGCAAACAUAUAGUGAUUUAACUCCUAAAUGGCAAAUAAUUGAGCAGUGACACUGCAGGGAAAUGAUCUAUGCACCAAAACUUCAAUGAGCUAAAGUUGUUUUUAUGACUAUCGUGUCCCUUUAAUAAAACACAAACUUUGACUGUUAUAAUUUCAAGGAAAUUCCAUCCUGCUCAAAAAAUAUUCUAAAACUUCGCAAGCAUUUGCCACACCACUGCCAGUGAAACAAUCUCCUUUCGGGGGGCCCUUGCAGUUUAUGAUAAGACCCCAGACCGUGACAAAGCUGCAGUAAAUCACACCAGACAUUAAUUGUGCAAAUAAGUCAUCAAACUAAUAUUAAUGUGAAGUCAAAAUCUGUUCAUUUAAAUUUAUUUUUUACCUUCCCUUUAUCUAUUUAGAUCUUCAAUCUAGGAUCUCACAGCAAAGUGAAGGUGAGUGUUAUUUCUACGAAGAUAUUUUAUAUUGUGUUUUUAUUUUUAAUGAAUUUACCAUAUUGGUGGUGUAAAGUGUUUUCCAUGAAAUUACAGCAGAAAAAAAGGUACUGAAAUAAUUUGAGUACCAACUUCCAGAAAGGCAGUGUAUAGCAUUUUAUUCCUUUUUUUUUUUUUUAAAUGAUGGUAUACAUCAUGUGAAUGCAAGCAUAUCCCUGCCAGUGUAUAGAUGGGCUGUGGUAAAAUGCAUUGAGAAUUUUUAUUUUUUAUUUUUUUUAAUCUCUUCUCCUAAUCUUUUACACGGUUGGAAAAGGAAAUGUUAAUAAACAACCUUUUUAGGCUUGUUUUUGUUGUAAUUAAAUAGUUUUUUACAUUUUUUACAGCACUUGCUGCAGCUGCCGCAUCCGCUGCUGCCAUCUCAUUAACAGCAACUACUCUCCCAGCUGCACCAGCUGCUCAGCCUCUUGCUACCCAGUGCUUUCAACUGUCAAACAUGUUCAAUCCUCAAACGUAAGUAGAACUUUUUAGCCACAAUUUAUGGUGCAACAUUAAAUGUAAUAUUUAGCUACACUAGCUGAUGAGACCUUUUCUAUUAUCCUUGCCAAGCAUAUCAAAUGCAGACAGGUAUAGUUAUAUUAGUUACCCACCUGUCAGCUUAAAAUUAUUUGAAAUUUUGCACGUUGUAAUGUCUACAGCACAGGCAGGGCCGUAAUCGGUCACUACAUGGUGGCGUGCUAACUCUACAUUAUAAAACACUAAAGCUCCCUUGCAACUGGUGGAACUAUAAGCUGCAUGUUCUGUAUUUGCUACGUCAUGAUCAUUAAUGACUAGCCUAGAGUUAGACCAAGGGUAGACAAGAAGUAGCACUUUUUUCGGUUUUGUGCCUUUUCAAUGUUCCAUGAUGCUGUGAUCUGACAAACCAUAGGAGGCACUUACACAACAGCUGCAGUGUUUACUCUGGUUCUGAUGAUUCAUGUUUUUAUUCCAUUUGUUCAACACUUACAGAGAAGACGAACCCGGGUGGGACACAGAGAUUAAGGAUGAUGUUAUUGAAGAAUGCAACAAACAUGGAGGAGUUGUUCACAUUUAUGUAGACAAGAAUUCACCUCAGGUAUGUUUUUGUGCUCCUCCCCAUUGUAAUUUUAGACAUUGAUUCAACGCAAAAUAGCUGUUAAUAAAGGCGCAAUAAUUAGUCCAUAAAUGGUUAUGGGUUUUUUGUGCUAUAACAAGUUGCUGGCUUGUUUUGCUUCAGGCCAUUACUUGUUGGGAAAGUAAGAGUGUAUAUUGUGUAGAAUUCCACAUUUAUUUAUUUUUUCAGCCUUCAGAAAUGAACACAGUAAAUUUUACUUAGCUGCAAAUUGCACGUUAAUGGUGAAAGACUACUUGUUUAUGAAAAUUCGAAAUUUGACUAGAGUGAUGAAUAACAUUUUGGUGGCAAAAACUAUGCUACUCUUUAUGAAGCUAUGCCAAUAAUUCCAUUGACUGAUGCUGCUGUCUGUUUUUAACUUUCCCAUUUUUUUAACAGGGCAAUGUGUAUGUGAAAUGUCCAACCAUUGCGUCUGCAAUUGCAGCAGUUAACGCUCUUCAUGGGAGGUGGUUUGCUGGUGAGUUAACAGAAACAAAACCCUUCCUGCAUUCAUUGUAAUAUAGUUCAAUAUAUAGUUUUAAUGUAUUUUUCCUUUUUCACAGGCAAGAUGAUUACUGCUGCAUAUGUUCCACUCCCAACCUACCACAGCCUUUUCCCUGAUUCAAUGACAUCAACUCAGCUUCUGCUCCCUGUUCGCCGAUGAAUUUCACAUAAAACCAUUUUGUACAUAGCAUUUUUUAUUUUAUUUUUUUUGCUUUUUUUUUUAUUUUUAAUUUUUUUUGGAGAGAGCAAAUUGUCCAACUUGUCAUUUUAUUUAGAUUGAGGUGUAAAGGAAAUGUGUACUGUCAUUUUGUGUAACAUAAUACUCGAAAUAAAGAUUGAAUGCAGUAUAUUGGCUUAAAGCAUUCAAACAUAAUUCCCUGUCCUAACUUACUGUCAAAAAGAAAAAAUGCUCACCCUGGACUGUAGGGGUUUAAUUGUUAAUUGACAUUUCAUUUUUAAUGUCCCUCCACAAUGAAUUCGAAGAAUCUGUAAAAAGAAAACUCGGUUGGAGUAGUUGUUACAGAGUGUUUGAACUUGUAUAAAGACUAAUCUAAAAGGAAAUCUAAACCUUGGGAAUGGGGAGCACUGAGGCAUAAAUUGGAAUUAGAAUUUUAAAGCAUUGUGUUUAGGUUCAGUUAUGUACCACAGUUUCUUUUGUACAUAGUGUCAUGGUGUCUGUAAAGUACCAAACAAAUUUUUCAACUGUAUUUCCAGACUCUAAACACAGUUGUUCAGAGCCGGGAAAUGCAGUGACAUUUUGGAUGGUUGCAUAUAAUCUUUUUUGCUCCUUUUUAAGCUCUGUGAGCUCUGGUUAUUUUUUUUUUAUUUGGUGUGUUUGAAAAGACAGCUUGAUAUUUCUAUCAAACAACUUUCAUAUUUCAACUAUCUUUGUAAAGAUGCUAUCUCAAAUAAAAUUUCUUUGGAAAACGGUGGUAAUUUAAAGUUGUAGUCUUGGUUACAUUCUUAAUGUUGUAGUGCUGGCUUUGCCUAUUCUCUGCUUUAUUACAAAGCUCACUACAUUGGAUAAUGUACAGAUUUUUUCUUUGUGCGUUUCCCUUUUUGUGAUUACUUUAUCUGCAUUUAUUUAUAAAAAUGUUCCAACUAAAUGUUUUCUACACAUGCCUUGGAAUUUAUUGGUGGUAGAUAUUCCUUUCCUCUGCACAAAUGACUUCUGUGAAG